UCUCCCAACUCUUAUCACUUUUACAAAAUCCCAUUAAUCUCUGAUUAUCAUCUUCUUGCAAAAUCCAUUUGCUCAUCAUUUCUUCACUUCCAACUUACAAACUAAACAUGAGUACCCUCUCCGAGGUCUAUAGAGACCACCCUCUCCACCUCCACCAUAUCGCCCCGCUCGACUUUUCCGCCGUGCGGACCAUGCCCGACUCGCAUGUGUGGCGGCCGGAAUCCUCCAACGAUUUCUCGUUCGGAGAGUUGUCGUCGUCGCCGGUGCCCGUCAUCGACCUCGGUGACCCCAAUGCGCCCGAGCUUAUAGUGCAGGCAUGCGAGACGUGGGGUGUUUUUCAGUUGGUGAACCAUGGAGUAUUGUUGAGUCAUAUAGAGGAGGUUGAGUACGAGGCUGGACGGUUCUUCGCCCUGCCGACCCGACAAAAGUUGAAGGCCCUCCGGACGCCGUGCGGGGCCACCGGAUAUGGCGUUGCUCGGAUAACGCCGUUCUUCUCAAAGUACAUGUGGCAUGAAGGGUUCACAAUCAUGGGGUCUCCGGCCGAUCAUGUUAGGGAACUUUGGCCCCAUGACCAUGAACGGUUUUGUGAUGCAAUGGAAAAUUAUCAGAAGGAUAUGAAGGGUCUAGCCGAGCGACUCACCCGCCUAAUCUUCGACUCCCUGAAAAUCUCCGCCGAAGAAAUAAGUUGGCUGGCUUCAACCACCGGCUCCGGCGGAUCACCACCACCACCAUCAACCGCCUCCACAGCUCUACAGCUAAACUCCUACCCCUCCUGCCCCGACCCGAACCAAGCCAUGGGUCUAGCCCCGCACACCGACACCUCCCUCCUCACCAUCCUCCACCAAAGCGAAACAAACGGCCUCCAAGUCUUCAAACCGGGGCUCGGAUGGGUUCUCAUUCCGCCGGUCGCCGGCGCAUUUGUGGUCAACAUCGGCGAUAUUCUGCAUAUUCUCUCGAAUGCUCGAUUUCCCAACGCCCUUCACCGCGUCGUGGUCAACGGCAGCCGGCAGCGAUUUUCCGUCGCCUACUUUUACAGCCCGCCGACGGACUACGUCGUUUCGCCGUUGUAUAAGGGUUUGAAUUCCGGGGAAGAUAAUAUAAUUCCUCGUUACCGCUCUGUGGCGGUGAAAGAGUAUAUUGGUUUGAAGGCCAAAAAUCUCGAGAAUGCCCUUUCGAUUCUACGAACUUAAAAUGCUGAAGUUGCGUGCAUGCAUGAGAGUGUGUUGACAAAAAUGUUCUUGUGUGGAAAUAUUGGCUAUCUUUGAAUCUGGUUGAUUUAAUUACUAGCUGCCUAAUUAAUUUCGGUUUUUUUUUGAGCUAAUGUUUUAGUUUUUGUUGAUGUAUUAAUUAAGUUAAUGAUUAAAUUUAUCAUUUUGUAUGA